AUGCAGCUGCACCGGGGAUGGUCAGCGCACGUCUACCGGGCGGUAACAACUCCGUUCUUGCCGCGCACGCGCCCCUCCGAUGCCUUGAUGACCCCGACGGCGACGACAUCGUCCACCUCGUCCUCCAGCGACCCGGGGACCAGCAGCGGCUACGCCACCAGCAACGAGGGGCCCGGACCCGGCGGGCUCGAGGAUGGCGUGGGCACCGAGCUGACCAAGAAGGGCACCGUCCGCCAGAAGCGAUGGACUACCCGCGGCCGCACGGGCUGCCUCACUUGUCGCUCUCGACAUAUCAAAUGCGACGAGGCCAAGCCGUCUUGCCGCCGCUGCAUCAGCGGGCGCCGCGAGUGUCGCGGCUACGACUUUGGCAGCCCGGACGCAGUGCCAAUCGGCUUUCGGGACGGCUCGGGGGAAUACGCCGAGGGAGAUGACCAGGUGACCAGGGAUCAGAUCCAGGACGCCGUGGCGCGGCGCCGCUGCAUCGUCGAGCCGGAGCCGCCCGACUGGGAGUGCAUGGAGGCGGCGCGAUACUAUUGCGUCGUUGUGCUGCCGAGCAGCGACGAGCAGAUAAUGACUCCAUUCGUGGGCCUGCCGCCCUGUCACGGUCCAAACCGGCCCAUAUUCCUCCUCGACGUGAGCAGCCGCCGGAUAGCGGACGCGUCCAAGGCCCGCGGCAAGCUCGUCCGGGCCGGCGAGGAGGAUCCCCAGCUGGACGGGGCCUGGGCCGUCCACUCGCGCCAGAUGGUGCAGAUUCUCGACAUUGUCAACAAGGGCAUCGCGGACAAGAAGAUGCAGCUCAGCACCAAGCAGACUGUCCUCCGCCGGAUAUUCACGCUGCUGAUGUUUGAUCUCAUCGUGGAUGCGUCGGCGUGGCGCCCGCAUCUCCUUGGCUACCUGGCCUUGAUCCAGCACAUGGGCGGCGUUCGCGCAGUCAUGCGAUUAAAGAACGCCCAUGCAAACAACACUCAGUGGACGGUACUACUUAUGGCCAUUGCCGCCAAUUCGACUAGCCCGUCUGACCAACAAAUCCGUGGCUUCGAGGCAUACACAGACAAGGACGUCGAGUUUCUCUUCUCCCGCGACGUGAAUCCCGACCUGCCCUGCCCGGCGCCGCUCUUUGUCGUCCUCAAGAACCUGACCCAGCUCCGCGGCCGCAUCGCCGACGGCAGCUGCCCCAAGGCGGUCCUCGAACGCACGACGGCGUGGGACGACUGCUUUGACGAGCCAGUACCACCGCUUGCGUAG